AUGUCUAAUGUAACAUCCUCGUCCUCGGCUGGUCCUGAGCCUGUGUCGACCGUCGACGCGAUGGACCUGGAUGCGAGAGUCACAGUGGACGUGAAAGCGCAGAUACAGAAGCCCCGCUGCGCACAGGGCAAGGCUGUUGUGGACAUCCGACGCGUGUCAAGCGGAAUUGACCGCCUCGCCCCUGCACCCGUCAACCUCUGGGCCUCCCUCACCGUUCCGGAGACGACCGCGAUUGCCCACUGGCCCGGCGCGCAUGAACGCGCGCUCAACCUCACCCCCGGGACAUCGGCGCACAUCUCCGACAACUACAUUGAUCACAUCGGCGCACGGCGCCCCGCCAAAGCCGACGCGCUCCAAUAUCUCGCGGACCCGCGGGGCAUCACGCCUCCCGACCGCUACGCACGAAGAGGUGCCGUACAACGCGCGCAGGUACACGACCCUUGCGGAGGUCCAGCCGAUCCUGAUCGAUGUGAUGCCCAAGAUUGCGAGGCGACUCAGGAACUGCUCGGCGGCCUCGCGCUCGGCCUCGCGAACGACACCUUCGCCGGAGGCGCGACGGGCCCGCUGAGCUUCGACGGCUUGUUCCGGCGGGGCUGGAUCAACUGGCGGCCAAACGUCCCCGGGCCAUACCUCCACCCCAUCGUAUACAACCACCAGGUGUUCGAGUCACGGUCUGUAGACAACUUCAUGGGCGUGUUCCAGAACGGGACGCUGAAGCGCCUCCCCCCGCGCCCGGACAGCCACGACGUCGACUGGACGACGUCCAAGCGGCCCGACAGCACCCGCGCGACCUGGAUCAUCUCUUCGGGCCGCGGUGGACAGAUGGGUCCGAUCGGUGACCGUCUGGGGAUAUACCUCGGCUUCGACCGCGACAUGGACCUCAGCCUGUGGGACGUCAAGUUCCGCGGCGAGCGCGUCAUCUACGAGCUCGCGCCCCGGGAGGCUAUCGCUCAGUAUGCAGGCAACGACCCGAUGCAGAGCAUUACGGCUUGGCUGGACAGGUUCUUCGGUAUGGGCUGCUCCGUGCGCGACAUGCUCCCUGGGUAUGGCUGUCCGCAUGAGGCAGUGUUCCUCCCCGCGACGACUACCAGCUUCGUGGGCUCCAUCACACGCGAGAGGGCUAUUUGCAUCUUCGAGCACGACUCGGCGCGCCCGAUCACGCGCCAUAUGGGCUACUCGGAGGCGGAGUUCGGCGCUGUGCGUGGGUACAACCUCGUCGUGCGCUCGAUCUCGACUGUGGGCAACUACGACUACCUGUUCGACUACAUCUUCCACAGCGACGGGACGAUCGAGGUGCGCUUGUCUGCCUCGGGCUACCUGCAAGGUGGCUUCUGGGAGCCUAGUCCAGAGGGUGAAGGUACCGCCAUCCGGGACGCGACCAUGGACGUCGCGGGCGAGAAGAACUCGCUCCUGGUCACGCACGCGCACCAAGAGGAGAUCGAGCAGCCGUGGUCCGAGGACGACUGGGGGAGCACGGUACUCCAGCAGAAGAUCACGCGGACGUUCGUCGAGACGGAGGACGACGCGCUGUUGAAGUUCCCGUACAACUUCCAGGGCGAUGACACGUCAACCGGCUCUGCUACUCAGGGCACGUGCGCGGGAGGCUAUGAGACGACCGCCUUGUUCUUCCUGCGCCUGCAUUGUCCACCCAUCUCCCCCAGCGUCC